UUCCGCGUCCGGUAAUGUACUCUGCUCCUCGAAACCUAAUCAACAGCAGAGAGUCUUUAAAUAACAAGUGUCUUCAGCGCGUAUCAUCACGAUUUGCAAAAGUACAUACAGUGUCAGUGCGGGUACUGCGGGCGGUGGUGGUGGCAAUGGUGUAACAGUGCAGUUGUAUUGUUGUUAUUGUUGUUCUCGUUGAAGGCACUCUCGUACUUAAUCGCGGGGGGACAUUGUUCAACAAAAACGACACCGACGAUGACGACGACGUCGUCUCCUCGACGUGCAUGGGACUCCAAAUGAUAAAAUUGCGUGCUAACUUCGUCAUCGUCGUGGUCGCGGAGUAAAAUCCGCGGCCACGCGAAUGAGCCCGGAUUUAUGGCGGCCCGAGCUGGUCUGCUCCUGCUCGGCAUCUCGUUGUUGUUGUUUACGGAAGUCAUCAGGCUUGCCGCACCUACAGGUGUCCGAGCCAAUGGAUCCAGAAGAUCGGAAGGUCUAUUGGAGGCGGGCGCCGGGGGAGCCAGACCCGGCAUCAACAACAGCAAAGCUCCGAGCCCAUUGGGUCUCGAGGUCCGACCGCGCGGCGAACUCGUGCUGCACCGCAAGAGCAUCAAGCUCGUUUGCACGGGCUCGGCGAGCCAAGGGGCCAACGUCACUUGGCUGUACAACGGCCGGGCUUGCGAGCCCAACCACAACCACUGCAACGGACAGUUCCUACGCAAGGGCGCGCUUCGCGUCAAGAAAAAGAGCGGCGGCAACCCGAGGCAAAACGAGUAUCGGUGCCUGGUGAACACGUCCGACGGAGCACGCCUAAGAUCGGCACCGACCAACAUACUCUAUGCCGAACUGUCCGAUGCGUUCGAGGAAUCGCCGGAAGAUCUCGUGGUGAGGCAGGGAGAGGUGGCGAGGUUCUCGUGCUUCAUCGAUAGCGUGCCGUUUCCACCAAACAUCACCUGGCUGCGCGAUGGAAACGUUCUGCCGGACGAUAAAACAAAAUAUGUAUUUUUACCACCGGGUGUGCUCUACAUAAAUGCAACCAAUGCCUCUGAUGCUGGUUCAUACAGAUGCGUAGCAGCCAAUGAGUAUGUUAAUGUAACGCAGAAGAGUAAAGAGGCUAAAUUGACUGUCGUCGUACCGGGGCAGGAGACCGGGGAUAGCAGUCCGGUCUCGCUGUAUCCGCAAGCUUCUUACAGCCACGCUCCGCUGAACGGGACGAAUCUUCGGCUCGCGUGUGCAGCUUCCGGCUAUCCGAGCCCCACCGUCUUCUGGACUUUUGUUCCUCGGGGCUCAGAAAGCAAAUUGAGUCCACGCAAAGCAUUUCGUCGUUGGAGUACUGGCUUGGCUGUGCUUGAAUUGAAUAAUCUUAAUGCUUUGCACACGGGUCUUUAUGUAUGUUCCACUAAAGGAUCUGCUAACGAAUUUCUCGUACAGAAUGUUACUGUGCAAGUACUUAUUCCUCCGACGUUUAUUAAGAAGCCGACGAAUCAGGUGUGUCCCAACGGUAGGACUGCGAGAUUCGAGUGCCAAGCUCAGGGCACACCUACGCCGGAUAUAUACUGGCUGAGGAACGCGGAGAACAUAACUAUUAAUGGACGUCGGACUGUCUACGUUAAGGAGUUCAACAAACUGGAGCUGGCCAUAUCGGCCACUGUUCCAACGGACUCUGGGAUCUAUCAGUGCGUCGCGGUGAACGCCGCUGGUGAGAUUUGGGCCGCUGGUCGGCUCCAAGUAAACGCGUCUCGCGACAGUCCAGCCGCGCCCACGUCGCUCAAGUGUGAAGCCCGCUCGCCCGUGAAAAUGUUCAUAUCUUGGGAGCCGCCAAAACUCUUGCCGUCUACCAACAUCACUGCCUAUACCGUUCACUAUAGGCCAGUUGAAGAGGGUAAGGAAGAGGUCUCGCCUCCCGAACCGGGGAAUUCAACGUCGGUCGAAGUUACGAAACUUUUAGAGCCGUUUACAAAUUAUACUUUUUACGUGCGCUUGUGGAAUAAUCAUGGUGCAAGUGAUCAAUCAGCUACUAUAACUUGUUCAACUGAUGAAAGUGUUCCAAAUGCUGCUCCAAAGAUUUCCGUAAAUGUGAUUAAUAGUACAAAGCUAAACUUGAUGUGGAAACCUUUAACGAAAAAAGAAGCUCAAGGAAUUGUGACUGAAUACAAACUCGAGUGGCGAUUGUUUCAAGAUCCAUUGGUGAACAUAAAAUCUUUGCCAACUGACGUCGAGCAGUACGUUCUUACGGGUUUAACGCCUGGCAAACAGUACGAUGUACGUAUCCUGGCAAGGACAAAAGAGGGCUGGCCAAAUAUCAGCGAGGCUCAGUUGGGAUGGCUAACAGUUAUGAUGCCGUCGUCGAAUGAUCUGUCCCAAAUUCAAAUUUCAAUCCUCAACUCUACCAGUGUCAAAGCUAAAUGGAACAUUAAACCAAAUUCGGUGCUUCAAUUUACUUCUUGCAAAAUUAUUUGUAAAAGUGAGGAUGGGGCUACAGUUGCUUCAGUUAAUUUAACUCAAGAUUCUACGGAAUACAUAUUUUCUAAUCUUGAGCCAAACGUUUAUAGUUUUGAAUCGUGUGCGCUUCACCGUGAAGAAACACUGCAUUGCACCACAAAAAACGUGGAUUUAAAAAAGAUUUCAAUAAGCAACGUACCAACAGCAUUAGAGGCUGUUCCUCUGUCGUCAAAUUCUAUUAGCUUGACGUGGAUCUCAAGAAAAUCUGCUGAAUCAAAUUCAUUUGAAGUUUGUUAUCAUCAAGUUCUUUUGUCAAACAAAACUUUUACUUGCAUUCCUGUGAAUUCAACGAAAAUCAUCAUCAGUAAUCUCAAGCCAUUCAUGCUUUAUCAAUUUAAAGUUAGAUCAUUGGAUGGAAGCACUGAUGACAAUUCCUUUAGUGAGCCCGUUGAAUGUUACACGAAUGAAGACGUUCCAGGAAAAGUGAAAAACAUCGAAUUUUCUAAAGCAAAUGACACAGUGAGCCUCGUUUGGAAGGAGCCUAGUGAUAUGAACGGAAUCAUUCAGAACUAUUUCGUGGCCUACUCAUCAGACAGUUUGGAGCCUAGAUCAGCUUGGAAAAAUAUUACCGUAUUUGGUAACAGAACAUCCACGAAUCUGUCAGGCCUGGUACCUGGAAAACAAUACUUUGUAGUCAUCCAAGCAGCAACCAAAGCUGGUUCUGGCAAUCCUACAGAACCGCUCGUCAUUCUAAUUAAGGAGAGUUCAUCUGAAGUUCAGAGUUCGUUGGACAAAGAAAAGUCACUUUGGACUCCGGCUGAACCAAAAUUGAAAGGUAUCGUUCUGGGUUCGUGUAUCGGUGCGAUUUGCAUAAUUGCAUGCAUAAUCUAUGUGCUCCACAAAAGAAAGCAGAGUCGGCUGCAAUCGCUCCAUGAAAGUGCACAGCCCCUGAAGACCCGCGUGCUGGAACAUAACGGCAAUGGCAAUUGCUACAUUGAUCGUUCCCCCGCUCCUAACUGCCAUACUGGUGGACUGAACGACUUUGAGCUAUCCGUGCCCUACCCUUCAAUGUCCAACAAUCCGACGUGCGAUUCUAAGGGUGCAUUAGUCAACGGCUUGAUCGAAUCCUGUGCUAAAGAACCACUAUUGGCUCCCUGGGAAGUCAAUGGAUUUAGAAAAGAUCUUCGUAUCACGGAAAAUCCACAGUACAAACCACGAGAAAACGAAGAUUCGAAAAAGUCAGCUCAGUCAGACCACGACGAACUUCCAGAGCCGAACAGUAUGCAACUGACAAACCUCGACUACGAUCUGGGUGGCAGUGAUGAAAGCAUGAACAACAAUAUGUGCCGUCGGCCGGUGACUGACGGAACACAUGAAGCACUGCCUCGAAAAGCUGCUCCUAAAAUCGUUCCAGUGCUCGAGCCUAAUGGUUGAGGCUUGUGAAGCACAGCGGCAUCAAAGUUCCUCACUACAGGAGAGAGAGACAACCCCCCCCCCCCACCGAUACUUAUGGGCCACACUGGAGGAAGUUUACUUUGCCGUACAGACUGUCUCCAGUCGACAACUAUCCUAUUGUAGAAUAGAAGAAAGAAGAUGUGAACAAAGUGACUUUGUUGCCCAUGACAGACACACACGCAUGAACUGAGAAGUAAUUUAAGUGACGAGAAGUAAAGUAAGUGCAUCGUUGUGAAGUCCUUUUUAUCAAAGUCGCGUAAUAUCGUGUCGGUGUUUCGAUUUUUUCAAGUGUUGGUUUGUUGUUUGCAGUUAUAUCGCACAAUAUUUUUAUAAUUGUCAAAUGUCCUCUAUGGAAAAAAAAAAAAUUUCAAAUAGCAAUGAAUUGGAAAUUUGCUAGAUUUCCAACAGUUAAGGAAACUGAUUUAUCAUAAAAAAUAAUCCUCAACUGUUGGCAUUUACUAAUUGGUACGAAUAAACUGCAGCAGAAAUACACAUUUUGAUAAAUCAGGGCUCUUUCAUAAUCGCUCAGCACAGACGAACAAAAAGGCAAACAAUAGAGUGAAAUCGUUUCCUACUUGACACCGAUUAAUUAUAGUCAUUCCACAAGUUCCGGCCCACUUUUACUUAUUGACGAUGAGAAUCUCUUUUUUUACAUACACACUUUUAUAUGCGUAUAUUUACAUGGUGACUGAUUUUUCUACUGCGCGUUUUAUACAGACUUACUAUACUGGCAAUUAAACAAAAACAUAACUUCCAGUUCUCCAACAUACUCCAUUAACAAUUAGAUCUGAUUGUACAUAAAAAUAGGUUGAAAUAGGAAAUAAACCUCUUUACCCAUUGUAUAGCAAGAAUUAAUAGAUGACAAAAUAUAGAUUUAAUAAGUAGAAAAACGCAGGGAUUACAGUAUAAGCGUACAAACCUUACCCGGUGGUGACUCGAAUCUUACUUUGACAGUAAAACUGUAGCAUUUCGCAAUCGUUAUGUUAUUUAAAAUGCGAAAAAAGCAGCAGAAGAAAUUUUUUUUUUUUUUUGCUAUAUUAAAUAUUUUCUAUUUUUUAUUUUCUUGGAAUAUAUUGUUAAGGUGGUAGGUUAUUAUAUUAUACAUUCGUUAGACGAAUAGUAAACAACUUAGUUACGGUUUUUAGCUUUUUAACCAUUACAAUCAUUAUCAUUUUUAAGUUCUUAGAGACUAUAUUUUUUAUUGUUUGCGACCAAGACGCAAUUUCAUUUAAUUUUACGAUUUUUCGUGUAAAAUCUUUUAACUGUAGAUUUAUGAAUGUUUAACUUAUUCGAUGCAAGAAUUUAUGUAAGGUUUAUCAUAAUGAUGUUUUUAAGUGUGAUGCGCGAGAGUUUCACUACCGCUCUUUUUUUUAUUAUUGUUUUAAUCAAAGCAUUUCGCCAAUUAAGCUGACUGACGUUAGAAAUAAUCCUCUCAGAAAUACAAAACUAAGAUGCGAAUGAAUGACGGAGAGAUAAUUUCAAACGAGCAUUUAUAUACAUUUUCACGUUUAUAUACUGAAACUUGGUGCAUGUUACCAUGACAGAAUGAGGAAAAAAAUAUAUAUAUAACCCAAUGCAGUACCUGAAGUUGUAUUGUUUAGAGUGAGACAUAGGUUUGUCAGUGUUAUUAUUGUACCUCCAUUUACUUGUUGUAUUUAUUGCUUCACACAUUUAGUAAUAUGAUCUGUACAGGUGCAUCGGGACAGUUUUCUCAUGCAGGUAUAAUCUUACAAAAACAUUUUUUCUGUUGAAAAUUUUUUUUUUUUUUUUUUCAAGUAGAUCGUCCUGAAGACAUAGUUAUACUUAAAGUCAUACGAGUCAUUAGAAACUAUCCUAAUUAAUGCAAAGGAUUUAUCAAGUAAAUAAAAAACUAUGUAAUUUAAGUUACAAAUAAUAUCUGUAAGAUAAAGCUUUUGUUUCGUAAAAAAAAAAAAAAAAAAAAAUCCUCCAUCGAAAGGAAUAAAAAGAAAAUUAACAUUCGAAUUUAUAAAAACGCGUAUUAAAAGUGCUGUUUUUAAGCGAAUAUACCUAUACUAUUUAAAUCUUAACCGGAAGGAAGCGAGCAUCGCACUGAUAAUACAAUUCGUGGAAUACAUGAACGGUUAAAAGGAAAAAAAAAAAAAAA